GGAAGUGGUCACGUCUCGUGACAUCACAGCCUCAGCGUGUCAACGUGCACUGAGCUGGGGAGAGCUGCUGGUCAUCAGUUUGAUUUCAUAUCGAAAUAAAUCCAUCCCCAAUCCAGACAAAUCAUGGCGCACGGGCUAAAAGAGCGCUUCGACAGGUUCCUUCACGAGAAGAACCUGCUGACGGACAUGCUGGCGAAGAUUGAGGCACGGACCGGAGUGAACCGAUCCUACAUCGCGUGCGCUGUCAUCCUGCUCAUCGCAGUCUAUCUGGUGAUCGGAUACGGCGCUUCUCUGCUUUGUAACCUCAUCGGAUUCGUCUAUCCUGCAUACAUAUCAAUCAAAGCCAUUGAGAGCGCGACCAAAGAGGACGACACUAAAUGGCUGACCUACUGGGUGGUGUACGGCGUGUUCAGCGUCGCCGAGUUCUUCGCUGACAUCUUCCUCUCCUGGUUCCCCUUCUACUUCCUGGGAAAGUGUGUUUUCUUGGUUUGGUGCAUGGCUCCCACUCCAUCAAACGGCUCUGUUCUGAUCUACACAAGGAUCAUCCGGCCCUUCUUCUUAAAGAACGAAGCCAAGAUCGACGAUGUGGUCAAAGACCUCACAGAUAAAGCAUCUGAGGCGGCAGACAAGUUUAAAGAUGAAGCCAAGAAAGCCACUGCCAACCUUAUAUUUGAGGAGAAAAAGUCCUCCUAGAAGCCACCGCUAUAUCACCUGCCUCCUGUCCUCCAGGAUGACUCUUGCCUGAAUAAAUGUUGCCUUUCUAUGCCUUUUAUUUUUUUUUCAAACAACCAGAAGUUGGCUGUUAUGUUACUCCUUUGCCUGUCUUUGACCCUGUGGCAGCCAUGUUAUUCUUCAUCAGACAGCCAGUAGUUGUGUUUAAGUGGUAAGACAUAAUCACGUUACAAGAUAUCCAGCGCAAUGCUUCAGUCUCAGUAAACUACCUUCUCUUUGCUAUACACAUCAUUACCCUUGCCUUGUAUUAUGAGGUCAUGAACUAUUUUAUCUUGCAUCUUGAGGUACUUUAACAUAUGCAUUCUGAGAUCUAUUUAUUUGUGUUUGUAGAAAUGUCUCUUCUGAUAACAUCAGUGAAACUGUAAGCAUAGGAACCAUGCAUUUGACAUCAACUAUUAAACGAUUGGAAGACA